CUCUUUCAGUUCGGUCGGAGGGCCAACCCGACCUCCGAGGCCUGAGCGGCCUCGAUGUCGGCGCGGCGGGCGGCCAAGAGCCAGCACGCGGCGGCGACGCCGAGGACCAUCAACCUCAACCUGGCGAGGAGGCCGGGCGGCGGGAGGCCCAGCCGGGGCGCGGGGCGCGCGCAGACCCGCCCGGCGCCGCCGCAGCCGGCGAGGCAGGUGCAGGUCAACCUCGGCGCGCUGUUCGAGAUGGAGCGCCGCGUGCGCGGGCUGGAGUCCGCACCGCCAUCGCCGGCGCCGGCGUCGCAGUCGCAGGAAGACGCCGAGGAACGGGAGGAGAAGUGGCAGUUCCAGGCGGAGAUACUCCGCGCCGAGUGCAACUUCCUCCGGAUGGAGCGCGAGGUCGCGCUGCGCAAGCUCGACCGCCACCGCGGCCAGAUGGAGGCCGCGCUCAAGUCCGCCGUCGAAACGCUCGUAUCGGGGAGGAAGAAGGUCGACGGGAAGGGCGACGUCGGCGUUGCGGCGGCGCUGGACGAGGGGAUCGAGGACCUCGAGGAGAUGAUGGAGGAGCUGCGUGUGGAGAAGGAGAGCGGGAGGAGGGCGAUGGGCGGUGCCCGUGAGCUGCAGCGGAGCCGCGGCAGGAACUUCGAUCGGCAGGCGUCCUCGCUCCGCCGGCGCCUCGAGAAGAUGCCGCCUGCCAAUCCCGAUCCCCUCGUCAAGGACAUCCGCGAGAUCGCCCUGCCCGUCCCCGCGCCACCGCCACCGCCACCAGCGGCUGAGCAAAGCGGCGACGAUGAACGCGUCCACGGCGCCAACACCUCUGAUGUGGAAAUGCUGAGGAUGAAGAUGGAGGGGAUGUCAAAGGGCAUGCGCGAGCGGAUGGCGGAGUACAGCCGGCGCCUGGAAGCCGUCGCCUCCGGCGACAACGCUGGCUGCCAGUCAAGGAAAUGCGGCAACCGGCACAGCCGAAAGGCGAGCGCAGGCAGCCAGAGAAGCUGGAGCGGGGGCAGCACCGCGAGCAACGGCAACGCCCCGUCGGCCCUCGACGCCGGCCCGCACGCCCGCAGCCGCCAGAACGUGGCGGCGGAGAAGCGUCAGCAGCAGCACGUGAUUAUGUCUGGAGAGUGCAAAUUGGUGGGCUCCGCAAGUUGCAGGGACUGCAGGGAAAUCAUGUGGAAGAUAAUGGAGCAAGUAAAUGCAGAAUCUGAUCAAUGGACUGAGAUGCAAGAUAUGUUGGAGCAGGUCAGGUUGGAGAUGCAAGAGCUGCAGUCUUCCAGAGAUACCUGGCAGCAUCGGGCUAUGGCUUCUGACAUCAGUCUCCGCUCCUUAAAUUCUCAAUUACUGGAGUGGAAAAAUCGGGGACAGGCGUACGAACAGCGUGCGGAGGAGCUGCACAGGAAGAUUUCAGAGCUCGAAAGCAAGCUACACACUUCCAAAGCCCAUUUACCAGCCCCAGCUGUUAUUCCUAACCAAAAUCAGUGGUCAGAUGCGUGCAAGAUGGAGCACCCAAGAGGAAAUCCUCAGCACCAGCCAUCCAAGGAACCCGGCAAGGAGGAGAUCAAGAAGCACGUCCUCAUCUGCCGCGUGAAGCACUCGCCCAGCAGCGUGCUCCCGAAGCGGUCGCCGUUCCAGGAGAUAGGCAACAUCAGGUUGCCGCGGCAUCGGUGAGCAUGGGUGGGCAGGUGGCCAUGUGUUAUGUGAGACUGUGACCUGUGUGAGUGAUGGGCUGCUGCAGCGAAACUGCGAAGGAUUCAGGCGCAAGAGAGAACUCUCUUUCGGUUUGGCGUCCACAGUAGCAUCGAUCAGCUUCUACGUAAUAAAUAAUUUAUUUGUGACCCACUGAUGAGUAACAUGGCCCGCCUGACUGUCAGAUCGGUAGUAAUAAUCAUAAGUAGUCAGUACAGUGAUGAAUAGGUGAGAUAUGUAUGUAACGGGGUAACGCUUUAUGUAUGUGCAAUUUUGUUCCUGCUCCAUCCAAUUUUCCAUUUUUUUGCCCA